AUGUGUGCCCAAAAUUCCGGUGAGGUCAACUUUGCCUUUAAUUUUUUUUGCUUGGGGUUCAAUAUGAUAAGUACCAGUUAACUACUGGGGAUCCAUGUAAUUGACUUAAGCACCAUCGUUACCCACGAAAUUGCUGGCGUUGCGCCAAACGUUGAAACCAAUAUUUCAUACGCAUGCGCACUAAACGUACACCCACCUCUAUUCGUCACAUCAGAGCAUACGUGAGUCGUACCUGUAUUUCUCUUAAUCAAUUCCCAGACACAUUUAUAAGAUUUCUCUACCGCCUGACGCACUUCUAACAACACUGUCCUUUAUAAAAGCAUUUCCAAUAUCAGAUGACAUUGGAAUAGCAGAAGAUACAUUCUCAUUAUUUAUCAUCUUUUAAAGACCAAAAUAUUGUACAGAACAGAUAUAGAAGAUUGUUUCUAUAAGUCUAUGGUAGAAUUCCUCUGAUAUAUUUACUCUGGCUGGAGUGUCUACAAGACUAGUCUGAUUGCAGAUUAAACGUGGAUAAAUUUAGUUGUUUUGUGACAAAGGUAACACUGGACAGAAAGACAGCAGGUGAAAUAUUUGUAAACAAAAGACUAUAGAAGCAAAAAAAAAAAGAGAAAAAGGUGAAGUUCAUAGAAAAAUAAUGGAAAAGAGUGAGAAAGUGAAGGAAGAGAUUUUUCCAGAAGAUAGAGAAAAAGAGAAACAAAAAUUAUCACAUGACUGCGAUGUCUGUAAAAAGUCCUUCUCUCAAAAGGGUCACUUGAAUAGACACAAACGUAUUCACACAGGGGAGAAGCCAUUUCACUGUGACAUCUGUGGUAAAUCAUUUUCUGUAAGUAGUGACUUAAUUAGUCAACAACAUAUCCAUACAGGAGAGAAUCCAUAUCAUUGUGAUGUCUGUGAUAAAUCAUUCUCUUCAGCCAGUAACUUAACUACCCACAAACGAAUUCAUACUGGAGAGACGCCAUAUCACUGUGACAUCUGUGGUAAAUCAUUCUCUCAAAAAAAUAGCUUGACUACACACAAACGUAUUCAUACCGGAGAGAAGCCUUAUCAUUGUGAUGUCUGCGGUACAUCAUUCUCUGACCAAAGUACUUUGAAUUCUCACAAACGUGUUCAUACUGGAGAAAAGCCAUUUCACUGUGAUAUUUGUGGUAAAUCAUUCUCUCGAAAGCAUAACUUGACUAAGCACAAACGUCUUCAUACCGGAGAGAAACCGUAUCACUGUGAUGUCUGUGGUACAUCAUUCUCAGACCAAAGUGUUUUAAAGUCCCACAAACGUGUUCAUACAGGGGAGAAGCCGUACCAAUGUAACAUCUGUAGUAAAUCAUUCUCUCAAAGUAGUACUUUAACUUCUCACAAACGUAUUCAUGCAGGAGAGACACCAUAUACCUGUAAUAUCUGCGGUAAAUCAUUUUCUGGCUACAGUUCUUUAACUUACCAUAAACGUAUUCAUACCGGAGAGAAGCCAUAUCAAUGCGACAUCUGUAAGAAAUCUUUCUCUGUAAAUAGUAACCUAACUGUACACAAAAGUAUUCAUUCAGGAGAGAGACCAUAUACUUGUGACAUCUGUGGUAAAUCAUUUUCUAUAAAGAGUAACUUAAUUACUCACAGAUAUAUCCAUACAGGAGAAAAGCAAUGUCAUUGUGGUGUCUGUGGUAAAUCAUUCCCUUCAGCCAUAAACUUCACUAGACACAAGCGUACUCAUACUGGGGAGAAGCCAUUUCACUGUGACAUUUGUGGUAAAUCAUUCUCUCGGACAGAUAGCUUGACUAAUCACAAAUGUAUUCAUACAGGAGAGUCACCAUAUCACUGUGAUAUCUGUGGUAAAUCAUUCUCUCGUGGUGGCAACUUAGCUACUCACAAACGUUUCCAUACAAGAGAGAAGCUACAUCACUGUGAUAUCUGUGGUAAAUCAUUCUCUAUGAGUUCUAAUUUAUCUAAACACAGACUUAUCCAUAUGGGAGAGAAGCCACAUCAUUGUGACAUCUGUGGUAGGUCAUUCACUCAACAUGGCACCUUAAUUUCUCACAAAUGUCUCCAUACAGGAGAGAAGCCAUAUCUUUGUGAUAUCUGCGGUAGGUCAUUCACUCAACAUAACAACUUAGCUUAUCACAAAUGUGUUCAUAAGGGGAAGAAGCAAUCCCACUAAUAUUAUCUGUAAGUGGUUACUUAACCUUUAACCAUGUAGAUUAUUCUAUCAAAUGUGAUCUUUAUUUAUUCACAUUGUUUUCAAUUUGUCAUGCAUUAUCUCACAGCUUUCAAGGUUUGAUAAUGUGAGUGUUUGUUUUUAGAAUGACAUUGUAAGAGGCCUACUCUGGCUAGUUUGAACGUAAAAUAUGUAGUAUAUUUGGGCUAGAGAUGGCUGGUUUAAAUGCUAAAGGGUUAACACUAGAAGUACCAACAUUUUUUUCUUCUUACAAAUCUCAAAGUGGUCAUUUUUGACUGCCAUUGAAAACCAUAUUUAAUACAAUUUAUUUUAAAUAUAAGCAAAUUCAGUGAAUAAAAGAUUUGAAAAUA